AUGAUCAAGCAGAAAACUAAGGCGAGUGUCCAAGAGAAGAGGGAACCCUCCACCGCUAACCAGAAAUUGGUUAAGCCACAACCAGAGAAAGUGGUGAGCCAAUCUCCUAGAUCCUUGGUCCAAGCAAAGCAAGGUGGAUCCACAUCUACCACCAACACCAAUGCCAGCAAAUCAGGGAAUGUCAAGGGGUCUGGCAAAGAUGCCAAAACAGGCCAUCAACCUAAGAUGAGAGCAACCAUCUCUCCUGCUAAGAACAGUGAAGUGGAGCAUCAACAAGAACUCCCGGAUAAUGGAGGAACCAUCACUAGGAAGCUUGAUUUCAAGUCUGACCUGGAGAUUGUCACUAGUGCACCAGAGAAUGUGCAACACUCCGAAACUGGCUCUAUGGAGCUAGCAGGGGGUGAUGUGACGGCCAUGGCCGUUGAGAAUUGUUAA